GGAACUACCUGAAUCUGUCCAACAUAAACGCACAUUUUCGUUGCAAAACGGAACAUUUUGCAACUAUUUGAAGUAAUGAUUUCACACAAGCUGGGUAAACUGGUUUUACCCACAAUUCUUCGCGGGCACAUUGUUGUUAUUUUGAAUAAUGACGUAGCCAGAAAAGCUUGGUUUCUUAACCCAAACGAAGCCCCGGUUCCUUUCCUGAACUGUGACCAGAGACUUUGUUGGGGAUUCAUUAACCUCGUCCCCAGGCUCAGAUUGGCUGGUGGACGUUAUUGGGAUUCAUAAACGCGGACUGUGCAGAAGUAGACCAGACAGAGCAAAGAUGGUGUCUGUUGUUGGUGCUGUGUUCAUUGCGUUGAGCUUGGCACCCCUGCUAGUGCUUAGUGUUCCUCCCAUUGGGACCCAGCCUGAGCAGGUGCACAUUUCCUAUGCAGGGUUCCCUGGCUCUAUGGAGAUCACCUGGACCACAUUCAAUGAGACGGAGGAGAGCACCGUGGAGUACGGCCUGUGGGGCGGACGGCUGUUUGAGCUGACAGCCAAGGGCAAAGCUACUCUGUUUGUGGAUGGAGGAUCAGAGGGGAGGAAGAUGUACAUCCACAGGGUCACUCUCACUGAUCUGAGACCUGCCUCUGCUUAUGUGUACCACUGUGGCAGUGAGGCUGGCUGGAGUGAUGUAUUCUCCUUUACUGCUCUGAAUGAGAGCACUAGCUGGAGUCCCAGGUUUGCCGUCUAUGGGGACAUGGGCAAUGAGAACCCUCAGUCUCUGGCCAGACUGCAAAAAGAGACCCAGGUCGGGAUGUAUGAUGUCAUCCUACACGUUGGGGACUUUGCAUAUGACAUGCAUGAGGACAACGGCAGGAUUGGAGAUGAGUUCAUGCGUCAGAUCCAGUCCAUAGCUGCCUACGUGCCCUAUAUGACCUGUCCUGGGAACCACGAGGCUGAAUACAACUUUUCCAACUACAGGAACCGCUUCAGCAUGCCAGGACAGACUGAGAGUCUAUGGUACAGCUGGAAUGUAGGAUCAGCCCAUAUCAUUUCUCUCUCCACUGAGAUCUACUUCUUUCUUGAUUAUGGUGUGGACCUCAUCUUCAAGCAGUAUGAGUGGCUUAAAAAGGACCUUGAGGAGGCCAACAAGCCAGAGAACCGAGCAGAGCGCCCCUGGAUCAUCACUAUGGGACACAGACCCAUGUACUGCUCUAACAACGACAAAGAUGACUGCACCCAGUUUGAGAGUUAUGUCCGCCUCGGACGGAAUGACACAAAACCGCCAGCGCCAGGUCUGGAGGAUCUAUUAUAUCUAUACGGAGUGGACCUAGAGCUGUGGGCCCAUGAACACACAUAUGAGAGGUUGUGGCCUGUCUAUGGCUACAAGGUCUUCAAUGGGAGCAUCGAACAGCCUUAUGUAAACCCCAAAGCCCCAGUACAUAUCAUCACAGGCUCUGCUGGCUGCCGUGAGAAUCAUGAUCCGUUCGUCCCUAAUCCGAGGGACUGGAGUGCCUUCCGCAGUACAGAUUAUGGAUACACCCGCAUGCAGGUGCACAACACCACCCAUCUGUACCUGGAGCAGGUCUCCGAUGACCAGUAUGGUAAGGUGAUCGACAGCAUCUGGGUGGUGAAGGAAAAACACGGCUUCUCAGCCUGGUUCUGAAGACCCCAAGAAACCCAGCCAAUCAAAUCAACAUCUCUUCUCAGGAAAUGCACUUUGAAACCUAAUCAUGGUGAACUGCACUGUUGACUGCUAUCAAACCAAUCAUAGGAAAAUUAUUAUUUUCCAAAUAAUGGAUAUCUUUGCACACAGGUCCAUCCGUGGAGGACCAUUAGGGAUUAGACACAUGUUUCAGAUUGGGAGGAAAAGCGAAUCUUCAGAUUUCAAACUGUCUGCUCAUAUUUAUGCUGUCUACUGUUGGUUAUUCAAGAAUAUUCAAGUGAAUUAGCUGAGCACAUUGGGAGAGGCCCGAACCUGAGGUGACAGUUAUUUUAUACAGUAGAUAACAAUCAUAUCUCUGUACAUCUUAGUUUCAUUCAAAUGGGCACAAUGUGGUUAGUUUCCCCUGACAAAUGGUUGUAAGGGGCCUACAUUUUAUAACAGUCUACUCAUAUUGCUACCUAGAUUUGUAUGUAUCUAUUAAAUGUUUAACAUAAAAAUGUAUAUUGUUAGUGAGAAAGGAACAAACAAACUGUUGUUUAAAGCACCAAUAGAAAAAUGCUAUGAUUCAAUGUAAAUCGUCUCAUUUUACUGUCUUGUUAAGAAUGGUACUGUAAAACAAGGCAUCAGACUUUUAACUAUAUCAAUAAAUCCUGUCUUUCCAAG